ACAAGAGCCAACAUGUUUUCCACUACUGCAAACUAGCAUAUCCUGGUCCACUUCAAACAAUUGAUAACCUGCCUUUUCCGUUGAAUUAUUGCCACCCGCAGACCCCUGCUUCUUUUUAUAGCAAAGCAGAGGUACCACUAGUCCACAGUAGCACAAACGUUGAGCAACCCUCUCUUCUGCUACUUCCAACAAAGAAAGGAAUGGAGAUAGCACCUAGAGUGGAACAGAAGUCAGCAGACCAAGUCACUGAAGCUGGUCAUGCCAACGAUGAUACCUUAAUACCAUGGCUAAAGUUGGGCCUUGAUGCAAUAAAAAGCGAAGAAGCUAAGCCUCCAGAGGCCAAGCCUGAGCCUACUCCACACAGGACUUUCUCCUGCAACUACUGCAUGACAAAGUUCUUCAGCUCGCAGGCCCUCGGCGGGCACCAGAAUGCACACAAGAGGGAGAGGUAUGCAGCGAGGAAGUCACACAGCUUUCGGCAAUUGAUGAUGGGCCUUCCUCCAACUGCUACCUUUCUCCAACCUAUGAGGGGUAAUUCCUACUCCACAAUUCUGAAGGAGCAUAGUGAAAGAGCUGCUGUUGUCGUAGCAAGAUUUGAUGUAGGCCAAAUGAGUGGCUGGAUGCCUUUUGCAAUUGAAGAAGCUAGAGGGUUAGUGUGGCCAGGGAGCUUCAAAGCAAGUUCUCAGGAGUCGAAGAAGCAAACAGAGAAAAAUCUUGACUUGACCCUGCGCUUGUAAAUUUGUAAUUCACAG